AUGCCAUUCCAAAUUUUCUGUCCAUUCGAUUGGAUUUCUUAUGAGAUGGAUGAAUGGAUGACCGGAACGAGCUUUCAGGACCAAUGGAUGAUCGGUCAUCCGGGAAUGGGUGGGCAAAAUGUGAAGAUGGAUCCAACGAAUAAAGUCGCAUUUGCGUAUAUUUCCAACAGUGUCAAAUGGGGCAUUUCUGACUAUGUAGUCACAUUUAUGCGAUUGCAAAACGCAUUGUAUCAAUGCUUGAAUGAGCAAAAUCUGCUUGGUGAUGACGGCAACGAUGUGACACUAGUAACUGAUGUACAAUCAGCGAUUGAUGCCACAGAGACAAUCGUGGAAACAGAUAAAUUGUUAACAGAUCAACGAAAUGCAACAAAAACACCGUCCACGCCUGUCAGCAACGCGGACAAUUCGGCAGCCCAAAAGCCUGCUGAUCAACCACUUCAGAAGCCAAAAACUGAACGAACUGCAACUCCUUCACCUAUUCAGCAAGCCAAAAGUACGUGGUUCGGAGAUGAUUCCCUUCUUGUUACUAGUAAAACUUACCAGUUACUUGAGUUGCUCUAUAAGCAAUCAAUAAACAUACCAGAUGGAUAG